CACUGCACUGAUCGGACACGCUCUGUAAGUAGCAAGCCACGUUUCCUCUUUUGUUUCCUCCUCUCCUCCCUCCUCUUCCUGUUCUUUCGAGGCUCCAACAACUGUUGCUGCCUCCUCAGUGUAGCGGAGGCUUUGCUAGCAUACGGACGGGCUCAGAGACGCAGAUGGACAGGACGACCACACAGGAUUUAGGAGAUCCACAGAGGAAAGGUUGUGCACGGGGACAGAUUAGAUGAGAAGCGGAGGAGAGGUAGAUGCAUCGUUCUUAUCAUCCCCACCCCCCCCGUCUCUUGUGUCAAGUGUUCAGAGACGGGACUGUCAGCGCUGAAGGGAUGUCCUCUAAUUAAACAGGAUGCGUGACUCUGGACAAGCUGGCUCACAUGUUAAUGAGGCCUCUAUAUGCACCGGAGUAGCUGCUGCUUCUCAGUCCCAGUUCAACGAUGGGAGUGUGCCACCACUCGGCAACGCUAGUGUCCGUGCUUCUUCACACUUUUUAUUUGUUUAUGUUGUGUUGCUCUGUUCAGUUGUAUACUUGUAUACCAUAUUGUAGCGUGCUGUGCUCCUUUUUUUCCUCGUCCUUGUGAAUAUUGCAUUUGAGCGGAAGCAGCUUAAAAAAAGACGAAAGAUACAAACGAGAAGCUUUAUCUGCUUACAGGAACCGUUGUUUGCACCCUGCAUCUCUUCUCUGCGUUUUCAACCCAAUCCUUUUACCAUCUGCAUAGAAACUGCAGCCAUAAUAAAAUGAUUUCUGUAAUAGUGGAACCUGACAGUGAAAGAGACAGAAAAGCACACUGAGAUUGAGAUGGGGGAUGAUUUCUCAUUUGCUCAAAUGUGAAGGAAAAAAGUUCACGCUCAGCAGUGUUUGAAGUGCAGUCAAGUUAUUUCAUCCGUGACUAUUUUAGCUUCUUGGAUAAUCCCACCCCUCCUCCAACACGUUUCUUUCUCACCAGCUUUCAGCAGGAAGACACAACACACACGUCUGCGUAGUUGCUGAUGCUUUUAGACCAGAGAGGGCGCGUUUGCUGCUUGUUUUCAAUCCAGUCCCCGUUUGUCUCGCUGCAGUUUGGAAGUUGCGAGUCAACAGACUCCUGAUUUAAAUCCAUUCAUGUGUCACUGGGCUCUGGAUUUGCGUCAAGUGUGAUUCAACCUGAACUCAUUCGGCUGACUCUGCAAGUGAAUUAAAAGCACGCUGCUAAACCUAAAAGUGAUAUUCCGACGUGGCAAGCUUAAAGCUGGUGCAGGCAACUUUUGGGGAAAUCAGUAAGAGUAAGCUAGGUAUUGAAAGUGUCCCGCUGAAAUAAAAUUCCCAGCCCGUCUCUUCAAGCCUCCCUUUCAAAGCCACUCCCCCUAGAACACAUGAACCUGCACUGUUUGAGGUUGCUGAGAGCUAACUUCUCACUCUAAUUAGCACAUGCUGCCAUGUUGAUAUUUUACCUGUGUGAGUAUGAACUAUUCAAAUUGAUAUGUUUUAUGGCCCAGCUCUAGCUGUCGGGAUGUAAUGAGAAUUUCAACAAAUAUAACAAUAAAUGCUUCUAAAAUAAGUUUAACUUUGAGCCAGAGCGAGAGCUUCUUCCAGGUUUGUCUUGCGAGGUGUUGAUUGACAUGUGUCCACUCCUUCUUAUUCAGUUACUUCACCCUCUGACAAAAUGAAUUGACGAGGUAAUGAACCGUUUGUAAUCCAUCCGCUGCAGAAACUACAGCUGCCACUGAACAGCCGUCUUCAUUUGAAUCAAAAUAAAUGCAUGAUUCAUGCUGCAGAUUUACUGUAGAAUAAAUGUGAUUCUGCAAAUUUGGUUUAAUUCUGGUUUCUCACAAGUAGAGUUUUUUUUUUUUUUAAACUUGCCCCCUCUACCUCUCCGGUCUAUGGUAUCUGUCCCUUAAAUGAAGAGUCACAGCGGUAGUUGUCACUGUGGAGCCCCUCUCACCUGUCAAUGGAAACACUGGAGACAAGGACAAGGUAGAGCAGAGUGACAGGAAGCAGUAGUAAAGAUGAGGAGCACCGUGAGCACUGAUCACAGCUCAUAGUGACAUUCUCCUGGUCUGCGCGGCGUCGACUCGGCCACAAAGCUCCGGGCUUUAACGGAUGUUUGUCUGUGUUCCUCCACUGAGCCCCGUUGUUGUGUAAAAGCUUCCUGUGUGUCUCUGCGCUCAACCACAGACUUAUGCGAUAUCCAACACACCAUAUUUAAGAAAAACACAGGCCGUGCAUCUCAAGACAGACUUGGAUUGCAAUCCCCUCGAAUUCAUUGGAGGAUGACGCUUCCUGAAGUAGGCGCUCUCUGCUUCACCAACCAGGACUCCAUGGCUGCCAGUGCUGCCCCUUGAUUCUCUGCACUGUGCAGUACCCCCCACAUUUGAGGCUUGAAUAGUGUUCAUCAUUGUUGCACUACAGUCACUUCCUCUAGCCCGUAGCUUCAUGGAGGGGUUUCCUGUCCACUGACUCACCGGACCAGCAGCCAUGUCCGCCUGCAGCACCUUCACCGAACACGUGUGGAAACCAGGCGAGUGCAAGAACUGCUUUAAACCCAAGAGUUUGCACUGUCUGGCUCAGAGUAGUAAAGGGAAGCCUCCUUCUGAGCAGAGGUCCCCAACAAUUCAGCAACAGAAUCCACCCCCUGCCGGGGCGAGAGCAAACACUAAUCUUACCAUCAACUCCCAGAGGGCCGGCAGUGGGUCUGCCCGCUCAGGACACUUCCGUCCACCUGUGGCUAAGAAGCCAACCAUAGCUGUUAAGCCCACUAUGAUGCUGCCCUGCUCGUCUGCAGGACUGGAUUCAGGUGGCAACCUGCAACGGCCGCCAAAUGUUUUGGGACAGGGCAUAACAUCAGCCUUCACCGUCUGGAAUCGCAAUGGACUGAACUGUAAGAGGCUUGGUGGGCCCAGCAACAACAACGAAGGAGAAGAUGGCAGUGAGGAGAUUGAAGGUUAUAGACAACUUAGCCCAAGGACCCCGAGUGGAAAUAACAACAGUGGACUUACAGAUGUCCUCAAAGAAAUUGCAGGGUUAGGCCCUGGCCCUAGCACCACACCCCUUUCCGGGUCCAAGGAUUUGUUUUGGGGAAGAAUCAGUAGUUCAUACCGACGGUCAUUGGAAAGAGGCCUUCCAGCGUCAAGCUGUCUUGCCAUGGGAAGCAUCACUUGUGGUGGCGGCGGUACUACUCAAAAACGUGUAUCACUCAGCGACAGCUCUGAGGUCAUCAGCACAGAAGGUGGUCGCUUUUGCUACCCCGAGUUUUCCAGUGAAGAGGAGGAUGAGGACGAAGACACUGAAAGGGAUGAUGAUGAACAUGAAAGCUGGGAUGAAAGUGAUGAAGAGUUACUAGCCAUGGAGAUCCGAAUGCGAGGCCAGCCACGGUUUUCAAAUUUCCGUGCCGCCACAAUGUCUCCGGUGCCCUUUGCUGCAGGGAAAAAGUGGAAUACCGUGCCACUUCGCAACCGCUCACUGCAGCGGAUUUGUGCAGUGGACUAUGACGAUAGCUAUGAUGAGAUCUUGAAUGGAUACCCCUCCAUGGACUCCAAUGGAGCUCUUCUUCCUUAUGGGCCCCAUGACAUGCAAGGCAGUGGUUUCCUAUCAAAUUCAGAGUCCACCACUUCUCCGGAAUCCUCGUCGUCGCGACCAGAAGAUUCUCAAACAACUUCGAGCAGUGGGAGCGGUGCCCCCUUUACUCUUCGAAAUGGCUUGCAUUCUCCCACAUCUUCUAAGGCACCUGUCGUCUGCACUUCCCCCCCCAAAAAGGAGCCCGUCCACAGAGCUCUGAGUCCACUCAAGGUAACUGAAACACACAAGGCUGUCCUGGCCAUUAGAUUAGAAGAGCAGGAUGGCAGAGAAGGCACGCCAAUGCCCCAGGCACUUCCAGGUCAACCUGUCACAAUCAGUUUUAGUCCCACAGAGGAGCAGGCUAAACCGUACCGUAUAGUGAAUUUGGAAAAAUCCCUGAUCUGUAAGCCUUACACCGUGGUGGACGUGUCAGCAUCCAUGGCCAACAAAGAUGAACAGAAUCUAGACUCUACUCCAAAACCCAAAAUCAUGUCAAAGCCUUGCAGCCCUACAUCGUUUUGUAGCUCACCUUUAGGUCAGCCACUGUCUCCAACCUCCCCUCUCUCUCCUUCUCCUGUGAUGCCAACAUCACCCACAUCUGUAGCAAUGCCAGGUACCUACCGUAAGAAAUCAGGGAACAUACGCUACCAAGAGGUGUGGACAUCAAGCACAAGUCCUCGCCAAAAGAUACCUAAAAUGGAUCUAGGGGUUGGGAGUAAUCCUUGCCCCUCCAUCCCUACUCAACACCUCAGCCACAAGUCAGCUCCCACUUCUCCAAUUGCUGGGCUGUCUUCCUCCCGAACUGUACCUGUGAAAUCUUCCAACUUAUCAGAGAUCAAGUUUAACAGUUUCAAUAAUGCAGGCAUGCCUCCUUUUCCCAUUAUAAUUCGAGAUGAACCAGCCUAUGCCCGCAGCUCCAAGAAUGCUGUUAAGGUACCUAUUGUUAUCAAUCCAAGUGCAUAUGACAACCUAGCUGUGUACAAGAGCUUCUUGGGACUCAGUGGGGAACUGCCACAGCCAAAAGGGGUAGGCAGUCGGGUAACAAGCCAUACUUAUGAAGAGAUUGGGUCCUCUGAGAGUGUCCAGUCCUCCUCAACCGAGAAAACCAUCUCUGGUAGAGGCACAUCAGAGAGAGCCUCUUCUGAAGAGACAAAAGGUCCACCUGAGGCAGUGUCAAGAGCACCAAACUUACAUCUUCGAACCACUACAGACUCUAGAACUGUGACCAACACUGUGAUGAGCUCCACAGUUGGAGCCCUCUCUCCCACUACAUCAAUAAAUUCCAUUCUUGCCAUUACUGCAAACCUACCUAAAACCAGCCCUACUGCCAAUGCUGUUGCACACACUUGCAAGACAAGUGAAGACGCCACUUGCAGUAAAGAUGACAAUACAGACAUAGCUUUGUCCUCUGGGACCGUGGCAUGCCAUAGGGAGGAGGCCAGUGCUGUGCUUUUACAAAUUGUUGCCUCCAUCCAGCCUCCACAGUCUCCUCCAGAGUCGCCCUCAAUACAAGUCAAUGAUAACAGCUCAGAGGAGCUUUACGCCCUCCCACCUGAUGCCAUGAAGGAGACCCUCACCCGGCCCAAGUCUCUCUUUUCCGCAACUGACAGCUGUCUUUCCAAACCCAAAAAGGACACGCCCUCCAAAGUUUUGUCGAAAUCCCAGAGUGCCUCUGCUGCCGUCCCACUCUCCAGCCCCCGGUCAGAACCCAAUGCCCCCUUCCCCCCUCCUAGAUCUACAUCUUCCCCAUACCACGCUUCUAACAUCAUCCAGAGACAUUUUGGCAACUGGACCAAGAGUUCUGCCUCCAGUUCUCCUGUACGACCAAGUGAAGGUGAAGCAAGUCCAGGUGGAGAGGGGAGACGUCUUUCAACGGAAAGCUCUAAACCCAAACGCUGGAUCUCCUUUAAGAGCUUUUUCCGUCGGCGGAAAGAUGAGGAUGAGCAGAGAGAGAGGGUGGAGAGAGAGAAGGACAAAGGCAAGCUUGUUGGGCUUGACGGAACCGUCAUUCACAUGCUUCCACCGCCACCCAUCCAACAGCAUCAUUGGUUCACCGAGGCCAAGCCAGAGGAUCCCACACAGAAACCAACCAUCGUCUUCACCUACAAACCAGAAAGCGGCAGCACCCCUGGUGACGGAGAAGGAGAACUAAGAGUAGAGGAGUGCAGAGAAAAUGCACUGCUGCCACCUGAUGAGAGCAAGGAAUCUGGACCUCUGAGCUCCGGGCCAACAUCUCUUCAUCUCAUCAGCAAGGAUUUCAGCCAGGUACCAGUCAGCGCCAGCAAUGCCAGGGAUCCGGAGCUGCCCAGUGUCGCCUCCCUGCCUGCCAAAGUGAAUCUGGGUCUGGUGUUUGGGGAGGGGGGCCAUGCCAGCCAGGUUGCCCCACCAGCCUCGGCAAGCGAGGGCAGCGCCAGCCUCGGAGAGCCAGAGGAGGACGGGAGUCGCUCCCACCGCUCCCACUCUCCCGCCUCCAGCCACUGCAGCGCCACGUACACCAACCUGGGUCAGUCCAGAGCCAACAUGAUCCCACUGAAACAGCCACGAAACAUCAAAGCAUCCAACGACACCUUGGCCUCCAUCGACCUGGACGGCCUUGCAGACCAGCCAGCCUCUAAGGCCACACCACCACCACUACCUAAGAAGGCUGUACCGCGCUCCAGCACCGAACCCAGCCUGGCGGGCAAAGAGUCAGUCCAGGGAGGCCCGAGAUCUCGGGCUGAGGCGAGACCUGGGGGCACCAACCUGAGCGUGGCCAACCCGAUCUACGACUUGGACUCCACCUGGGAAACGGCGAGUCAAGACUCCUCUCUCAGCUCCGAGCCUCAUCGGGUCCACGACCACGAGAGCGGUGACUCCUUGGAGAGGCCAGCAGCUGCCGCGGCUACCAACAAGGGCCGCCCGGCCAACAGCACGUCCUCUCUGGUUGCUCAAGCUCCGUCUGCUGCAGCCACGGCUGGCAGAGAGAGGAGGGCCUACCCAAGUACAGAGUCUCUGGCUGGAAGGGGCCGGACAACAGGUCGAGGUGCUGCUGCUGCUGCUGCUGCUGCUGGAGGCUCCAAACCCCAGAGACCGGCUUUGUACAGGGGGUUGGACAGCUGGGAUGAGGUGGUGGGGAGGAUUCGCGGGCUCCACACGGACACGCUGCGCAAACUGGCCACAAAGUGCGAGGACCGCUUCAUGGCUGGUCAGAAGGAUCACUUGGGAUUCGGCACUGACAGCUGGUCCCACUUCAGGCUGACCACUGGGAAGCCCUGCUGUGAGGCAGGGGAUGCUGUGUACUACACCGCCUCCUACGCCAAGGACCCACUGGUCAACUACGCCAUCAAGAUCUGUCGGAGCAAAGUGAAGGAGACUCAGCAGCAGUUCUUCCACAGCCUCGCAGUGAGACAGAGCCUGGCUGUGCACUUCAAUAUUCAGCAAGACUGUGGACACUUCCUGGCGGACGUCCCUGCCCGCCUGCUGCCCUGGGAAGUGGAAGAAGGUGAGGAGGAGGAAGAGGAUGAGGAGGAGGACGUAGACGGGCUGAAGGAGAAAGAGAAAGAGAUUAAGACUGAAACCCAGGAGACGGCAAAUGGUAAAUUGGACGAAACCCGAACAGCAGGUCACAUGAACACACGCCUGAGGAGCCGAGUGGUGGUCAUCACUCGCGAGGUGCCCUUCCAGACGGUGGCCGACUUUGUCCGAGAAGGCGCGGCGCGACACACUCACAACCCGGAGCUGUACGAGCGUCAGGUCUGUCUCCUGCUGCUGCAGCUGUGCUCCGGCCUGGAGCACAUGAAACCGUACCACGUGACCCACUGUGACCUGCGACUGGAAAACCUGCUGCUGGUCCACUGCCAACCUGGCAACCUGGACGUUCUUGAGCCCAACAACAACAGCAACAGCAGCGGUGGUGGCGGUUCCAGUGCGACCUCCGCCGGCGCUGCCGCCAACGCUACCUGCCCCGCCCGGCUCAUCAUCAGCAACUUCUCACAGGCGAAACAGAAGAGCACCCUCAUGGCCGCCGACCCCGGUACGCUGCGAGACCAGUCGCGCCUGGCGCCCGAGAUUGUCACAGCGACACAGUACCGCAAGUGUGACGAGUUCCAGACGGGGAUCCUCAUCUACGAGACGCUGCACCGGCCCAACCCCUUCGAGGAGACGCCGGAGCUGAAGGAGCGGGAGUACACCUGGGCGGACCUGCCGCCGCUGCCCGUCAGAUCGCUCUAUUCGCAGGGCCUGCAGCAGCUGGCCCGGUUGCUGCUCACCGUCAACCCCUCUGAACGGAUCCGCAUGUCCGAGGCCCGGGCCUGCCUGCAGUGCCUGCUCUGGGGCCCCCGGGAGGACCUGUUCCAGGCGCUGGGCUGCAGCAGCACGGGCCCCAUGUCGGGGGCCACCACCAGCCAGCGCGAGGCCACCCUCCAGAACUGGCUGGACCUGAAGCGCACGCUGAUGAUGAUCAAGUUCGCGGAGCGCUCGCUGGACGCGGCCUGCGGCGUGAGCCUGGAGGACUGGCUAUGCUGCCAGUAUCUGGCGUUCGCCACCACGGACACCCUGAGCCGGGUGGUGCACAUCCUGCAGCAGUCCCAGAACCAGAGCCAGCCACCAGCGCACGCAGCACCGAGCCAAACUCAAACGCACCACGCGCACACCCUCCACCUGACUCAGGCACAGCCGCUCUGAGUUCCCUCCGGCCAGCUGUUACUAUGGCAACAGAUCCAAACCC